AUGUUCUUGUUUGAAAAAAAGUCGUAAAGAAAUAGUACAGAAUAGUAAUCAUUAAAAAGGUUACAAAAUGACAUGCUUGAUGAAAAAUUACAAGAAUUUGAUGAUGAUACCUGUGAAAUUAAUUUUAAAAUGGUUAGCUCAAUAUUAUAAAUUGUUAUGAUUCCAAAAAUUGGACCUUAUGGAUUUAAAAAGUUUUUUUUUUUCCUUGAUUUUAGAAUAAAUUACCCUUAUUCUCCUCCUAAAAUAUAAGCAGAAUCAGAUAUCCCCCAUCCAAACAUAGAUAGGAGAACUUAAACGUUUUAUUUAUAACUUCUGGAACCACAGAAUUGGAGACCAAUUUAUGGUUUGACUGAUAUCAUCAAAGCUAUGAAAUAGACAUUAAUUUAUGUAGAUUUCACACACAUACCAAAUGAAGCUACUUGCCUCUUAAUGGCUCAAAAAAUAUUAUAACAAAAUUAAACUCUUCAAGAAAUUGAUUUCGAGUUGAUUCAUUUUGAAAUUAGUGACAAUUUUAAGAUAAAUUUUGAAUUAAAUGCAAACGAAUUUUCUAAUGAGGAAUAUAAUUACUCAAGAAUUUCUUAAGAACCAGCAACUAUUAAUUUAUUAAAAACAUAAAGACAUACUUAAAAUGAUAGAAUCAUUUUUAAUAAUAUAAAAAGUUGA